GCUACUCGAACCACCUCCUACUCGUCUUAAUUGUCACCGGUAGACACGUUGGAUCGGAGCAGGCUGCGAUGGCUGCCCAUAUGGCCAAGAUGCUGGCAUCUCGCUGGCCCCGGGAUCCGUGCCGUCCGUGGGCUGGAGGCAUAGCUCGCUGCGGACCGCUCGACGCGAGAGCUCCGAGAGGGGGCGGGCGUUUUUCCCUCUAGCCCCGCCAUCAACGCCCAAGCGGCGCCGGGCAAAAGCAGCCCGCGGCACCGAAACGCUGCCCCCGGCCCCGCGCGGUGCUAGCACACAUACAACAGCUCGGCCAAGAUGGCCACGACCCUGCGCGGCCGCCCCGUCGACCCCUACGCCCUGCCCCCCGAAGCUGGUACAAGGCCAAAUUACGGCAAUGAAAGGACGUCCGAGUGCCUCGUCGACGAGGACCGGCCGCCGACCCCCGAUAGGUACAAGAAGUGGCGCAAGUCGACCUACAGUGUACCGGGCACGCGGAUCAUCCACCCGGGCGGCGUCGACGACUGGCGCGACGUGAAGCACCCGGAGUUCUUCGGCGUGCGCAAGAAGGACCCGGGCGAGGGCGAACACGUCGACGAUGUGCUGGCGCAGCCCGGGGCCGAGAGCGAGUACGCCCAGACGAAGCUCACGCAAGCUGAAAGACAUUAUCACUCCACGAGGAUGGAGCCGCUGGGCAAGUGCUUCUCGCACGGCCACGUGCUACCCGAGGAGUGUAGAACAAGAGAGCACAAGUUCGGCAAGUCGACGAUCACGCCUGGAGGGAACGACUCGAAAACUUUGAUCUAUAUGCCGUCCGCGAAGCCCGUGCCGGGCGAACGGGCCCAGUACAUCAAGAGCCACGGUUCUUACGGUCCCGGGGAACAACGCUCAAGAGACUACGACUGGAAGGGCUGCGACCUGAAGACUCAUAGAUUUGGGGAAGGCGUCGGGAGUUAUGUCGCGCUGAACGGUCUGGCGCUGGGCGCGACGGCGGCCAUGGAGCAGCUCGACCCCCAGCCCAUCAUCUCCCAGCGCAUGCGCAAUUUUAAAGCCCUACAAGACAAGCUCGGGCAAUCGAGGUACCUCGGGCACACCGGCGCGUAUCAAUUCGGCAAGAUGCACCGCUAUGGGAAGAAGUCGGUAAGAGGCGAGGGCGAGUGGGACGCGCGCCAGUGCAUCGCCGGCGACUACGCGCCGGAAGACUGCGAGCCCGAGCCCGAGCUCGGCAAGACGCUGACUCCGGGGUACCGGAACAUCCUCACCGAGAAAUCUAGGGGAAGGACCUUCGGCGUGCCUUCCGUGCGGACGGACAUCCCGAAGUACGCGGUCCGGUCCGUCGCCGACUCGCAGAACUACGGCGACGACCCCACCGGGAAGGAGCUGCUCUACCCGUCCGCCUUGUCGCAGAUGGGCAUUGAUGACGACGAGUUCACGAACCUCAGGGACAAGGACGACAUCUUCUCCCUCUUCAGGGCCACGGGCGCCCAACUCGGGGACCGCGAGCACAAGUUGUAUGACGACGUCGCGGAGGGCGGCCUCUGCUCCAUCGCGACGUUCCACAAGGCGCUCGUGGAGAACCUCCAGUAAGUUUUUACUACUAUAUACUAAGUCUUAGGGGGCGGGU